AUGAAGGGCACUCUUGUAUUAUGCACAGUGGCAUUCGUUUUUACUGUUGGGUAUGUAACACUGACGCACAGGUCGCAGACGGGGAAGGUCCUGCUUGAGCUAAUGACAGACCUAAACGUGGUGAAGAGCAAAAUAUCGCAGCUCCUCAAGAAGAAAGGCGAAGAAAAGGUGGAGAAGACCCUCGCAGGGGACUUGAAAAACAUCGAGAGGAAAAUGGAGAAAAUCAAGGGCAUUGCACCCCUGAGUGCGGCCAAGAUAGAGCAAGCCCACAGGCCGGAGGAGAGCUUGCUCUCUGAGAAAAUGAGCGGAUCAAUGAGCCCUAUGCCAGACGUAAACCUUAUGCCAAGCACCCUGAUGGACAGCAUCAUAGAAAACUACCUGAAAGGAAACAUCCAAACGGAAAACAUCGCAAAAGCCCUGAUAGAGAGGCCUGAACUGAUGAACCUGGUGCCUAAGCUUCUGGGGGGACCGAGUCUCUCCGCAGAGUCCAACCACAUGCGAGCCUCUGAGAUACCAACAAUGCUAAUGAAGAACAUAAUCCAGGACCAGGAAGAGCCCGUAAAGUACUCACUCCCGCAGAAUAGCAUGCCCUCUUUCAUGAGGAUAAAGACGUUUUCAGAGCAAACUCCUGCUGAAGCCCACUAUGUGCGGUACACGAAGCCCAGAAUUUCUCUCAUGGAGGGAUCCCCCCACAGGAUGCACAACCGCAUCAUGGGCAUAUCCCCGAGGGGAGGAUUUUCCCAGGGAAUUUUGCAUCGUCCAGAAACCCGCAUUCCGCAAAUGCCAAUAUCUCAGGUCGUGCCUGAAAGGGCUCCUAUCCGGGUGGAGCACUUCCAGAAUACUCCCCGUGCUAGCAAGAUAAUGUCGCACAAGCACAGAAGCUCGCACAGAGCCAAAAAACACGCAGUUUCUCUCCCGCAGAGAAAGGGCGGAAAGAAGGCACUCCCUCGGCUGGUGCUCCCCAGGGACCCAGUACUCACUAGUGCAGGUGCUGACUUGCCCCGAGCUAUUCUCCCAGCGGAGGAAAGUGUGCAAGGAGAGCACGCUCUGGCGAGUCUGCCUGUGAAAGUAGCAGAAGCUGCUCCAGUGAAGGAAGCAGCUGCUCCCGUCAGGGCUGCACCGAAAGAGAAGGCGUUGGAGGUGCCUGUUCGUGCAGAGAGCAUCCCCAGAGAAGGAGGGAAAACUGCAGUGGAGGUGAAGCACGCCCCCGCACUCCUUGCGAAGGCUUCCCUGGAGAAGGUGGACCUUCCAGAGCACGCCCUGUCCGUUGCAUCCCCAGGAGAGCCUGAAAAAGCAGAGAAUCACGCACCCGAGCACAGACUAGCACUUAUGCAGGCAGAGGCAAAGACUGAGCAGGAGCCUGAACAGGCAGAAGUUGAAGCAGAAGUUGAAGCAGAAGUUGAAGCAGAAGAUGGGGAGGUGCAGCACGCAGAGGCUUUCACUGCAGAGAAAGUUCAGAGUGCUCUCACAGGAAAAGUCUCCGGUGCAGCGCAUAAAUCUUCCUAA